UCCACGAACACAGGUGUUCAACCACUAAAUAUUCAGAAACACGAUCUGUGAGAGGUGACGCAUGUUUAUACCACACCCUGUACACAAAGAACGAGCAUAGCGCUGCCACACGCCCAACAGAGACUCAAAACACCUGACGCGUAAUACCAACUCCAUCUGCAAUGGCGGUGGAGGCAGACUUUAUGCGGUCUGUGUUGCCCGUUCAGGGCGCUUUUCACUCGGAAGACUCUUCUUUAGCUUUACCGCAGGCGGACAAACUCGCGAACACUCACCGGGUGAACAGACUACAGCAACAAGUGCAGCUCACUCUCUCUCGGAAAAGAAACAAACCGAAAUUGCCAGAUUCAUCUCUUCCAGACGGUCUGUCCAGCUGUCGUAUUUCAAGUAGUUCAUCUUUAGGAAGUCUACAGGUAAAGCGGAUCUCCGUCAAUCAUGAAUCUACAAGGUCGUUGCGGAUGGUUGACCGAUCUCAGUGGUCAAGUGCCGAGCCGCCUCGAUUUCACAGAGGCUAUGGAAGCUUUCGUUACACCACCAAAAGAGCGGGUUUAUGCUGGGGGACCAAUUCUCUCACUCUCCCCUCGGCCCCUACAGACAACCAUUCCCAUAUGAACAAUCACCCUCUUCGUUACGCCCGCUCUGAGGUUCUGCGAAACCCGAGGUUGUACAUUACCGGCCGGUCGGCUGUCACACAGCCCCCCAAUAUCUCUGUGAAUGAGAACAAUCACAUAGAUGAUACAGAUGAGGUGUUUUUAACCAGCACCCCACACAAUGCUCCUGCAGAGAGGAACAGGAUGGAGUUAGAGAAACACACCCUUCAGAGGACCCUCUGCAAGCCGAGAGAGGGGGGUUUCAGUGCUCACGAACAAUCAGAGAACGUGUCCUGGCAGAGCCGCGUGCGGAAGCCGAGCCUGGGGUUUGUUGCAGGAAGACAACCCUCCCAAUCUGGCUCACUGAUCAGCAUGGAGGAGCGGUCGGGAAGUUUAGUGAGGAUAGAAAAGAUGGAGGUCAAGCAACAUUCAGUGACAAUGUCAGCAAAGAAAAGCAAACAAGGUGAACUUGGAACAGAGAUGACAUUAAAAGAGGCUGUAAAUCUCCUGGAACAAGAUAAUAUGGAAACACAAAUCACCGCGGCAAACUUCAUACAAAACCAAUGCUUUAACAGUCCUGAUGCCAAGAAAAAGGUACAUUAUCUUCAAGGCAUCCCAAAGCUGCUGACGCUCAUGCAGAAUGAGAGCGAGGAGCUCCAGCGGUCUGCCGUCAACGCGCUCCGAAAUAUUGUUUACGAAAACAAUGAAAACAAAAUGGAAGUCAAAGACUGUGAGGGGCUUCCAGUGAUCCUGAGACUGCUCAAGAAGAACCGAGACAUCGAGACCCGACAGCAGCUCACUGGGCUACUGUGGAAUCUGUCAUCUCAUGACUUUCUGAAAGAGCAGCUUGCUAGAGAAGCGGUCAAACCUCUCACAGACAGUGUGCUGGUGCCCUGCUCAGGCAUUUCUGAAGGGGAAGACCCCAAGUUGGAGCUCCUCGCUGACCCUGAAACUUUCUACAAUGCUACUGGCUGCCUGAGAAAUUUGAGCUCAGCCGGUCCAGAUGGACGUAAAGCCAUGCGGGACUGUGAGGGUCUCAUUGAGUGCAUCAUCUACUAUAUCCGUGGUACCAUUGCAGACUAUAAACCUGAUGAUAAGGCCACAGAAAACUGUGUGUGCAUCCUGCACAACCUUUCUUUUCGGUUUGAAUGUGAGGUGCCUCGUGUGGAUUCCCCGCUGAUACAACAGCCCAAACAGAAUCUUAAUGCAGAAACUAGCAACCAAGGCUGUUUCAUUCUCAACAGUCCCAAAAACUUUGAGGAGGAAGCAGAUACAGACUAUCCUCUACUCGAGGAGAAAGGCAGCCCUAAUGGUGUGGAGUGGCUCUGGAGCGCCAUCACCAUCCGCAUGUAUUUCUCUCUCAUUGCCGUCAGCACAAACCAACACACAAAACAGGCGUCCAUUGGAGCACUGCAGAACCUCACAGCUUGUUCUGGAGAGAUGUCCCAGGCCAUCGCACACUUCAUCUUGCACAAGGAGGGAGGCCUAUCUCAGGUGAAGAAGAUGCUUCAAGAAGGAGAAAAGGAAGAGAUCAGAAUAUCUGUGUCACUGCUAAAAAACAUCUCUCGCUACCAAGAACUGCAUGCUGAUAUUGUUAAACAGGUGCUGCCGGAGCUGGUUGCCAUCCUCCCAAACACUGACCGAAGUGUAGAGCAGCCAAUAGAGGUAACCGUGACGAUAUGUCACAUCCUCAUCAAUCUGAGCAAUGCGUCUGUAUUGAACACCACUGCCAUCAUAGACCAAGGAGCGUUACCCAAGAUCAUCAGCAUCAGCACCAAAGACAACGGGUUUGGACCCACACGGGCGGGCCAAGCGGCCUGUAUUUUACUUCAUACCCUGUGGAGACAUUCAGAGCUGCAUAGCAGUUUCAAGAAGGCUGGUUACAGGAAAACAGACUUCAUAAACAACAGGACAGUAAAGGCUGUGAAUUCUGCUCGUGAUUAAUGGGACCUGGAAAUGAAUUGCAAAGAAAUGGCUUUUCACCUGUUUUCUUUAGAAAGAUUAAAAACGGUGCUAAUAUCAUGACUUUGGUGUUUGUAUAUGUGUUUUGUCUUAAUUUAAUACUUAUAUUAUUAUGCGUUUUGAUAAUAGUUGUAAUAGAUAAUAGUCGAAUUUACACACUUUGGUUUUAUUUUAUUUUUUUACUGAUCUUUUUACGAUUUUUACUGCCUUUGGUCUGUUUAAAUAGUAAUAUUAAAAGCACUUUUAUCUACAAAGCUACUUUUUGUGUAUCUGUUUUAAUUUUGUUGUUGUUGUUUUUCUUUCUUUUGCAAUGGGUAGUAACUUCCUAGCCUUGUGUAUUGAAACACUGUAUAAUAUUUUAAUAUUUUCAAAUAAACUACCAUAUUUUCUCCAGUCA